AUCACCUGGCGGUGAUGUCGUGACUUAUUGCCGAUGCACUGGAAGCAAACAUUUGCCUUCGGUCAACUUCCGAUAGGGCACCGCAGGUUUUUUUCCACCGGACUCAGUGAGAUUAAUGGGACGACUGAUUGACUGAUUGCAUAUGAAUGUAUAUCUUCUCUUGCGUUCUGUUCCAGCUGUGUAAUGUCCACGUCAGCAAUGUUGAGGAGGAGUUUCGGCUGCGCCUUGCUCUUUCUGCUGUUCGCUGUUGCCGAGCUGAAAUCCAGCAACGUCACCAAAGAUGCCACUAACGACUACCAAAAGUUUAACGUUCGGUUGGCGGAUGGAACCAGUUUCGACAUCACCACUAAUGGCUUCGAGAAGUUUUCAAAUUGCUUACAAGAAGGUGUCACGCAAGGCAACAACUCAGUCCACAUCAUCAAGUUCAAUGAAUGCGCAGUAGACUUGUACAGACGCGUACAGUCCAACAUCACCAGCCAUUUCCGCAUCCGGGACAUCGGCGACUUGGGCGCAGCCCUUCGGAACAUUUCCUCCCUCCACCGCCUAAAUGGAAACAUUGUCAAGAACCUCGAAACGGUCCAGAAGAGCUUCCAACGUCUACGCAUCCCCAAUGUCGAAAACACGCUGUUCCACCGGUCUCUCACGACGGCCGACCACGUAUUCCGAGACAUGUCCAAGACGGUCACAUCCGGGCAGCGCGUCCAGACCUCCUUUCAGAACUUCAACAAGACCCUGGAGACGAUCGGCAGUCUGGCGACCGCCGGUGCCAAGUCCGUCACGCCAACGGUCAACCAACUCAAGUUCCAGAUCCAGGAGGACCUCAAGAACAUCCACGACAUCACCAGGUCACUCCCCAAGGCGGAUGUGGUUAAACUGACGCAGAACACGGUGGGCAACUUCACGGUCCUGGUCCGCAAUCUGACGGGCUCUCUGCCGGAAGUCAUGCGUAGAGCCGGCACGCAGGGAACGCAGGGCACCAGGCCGCUCAGGGAAUUCAUCUCCACGAUGACACAGAGUCUCAAGAACGCGUCGUUUUCCAUCUCCGGCAACUCGAGCGCCAUUCCGGCAGCGGGCCAGGACCUCAUGCACGCGUACGACGGCUUCCAGCUGGCCGUCAACAACGGAGUGGUGGCCAUGUCCGAUUUGGUGCGUGGUUCACUGAGGCUCGUCAAUCCCGCCAACUGGAACGUCCAGGUCGGUGGCGGCGGUAAGAUGGAGCCUGUGCGCAUCAACAGAUUCAUCGGUAGCCUGUUCAAGCGCCGAGGAUAAUGGGCGGCGCCCGUGGCGCCGGAGGAGGCUCUUAUGCUCCUAUGCACCGAAUGAGCGUGAUGCAAAGAAACGAAAACAGUGGCACAAACAAAGAACAAACGAAACUUUUUUUUUUUUAGUUUGUCCUUUGUUUGCGCUAUAUAGUUACGGAGCAUGUUAGAUCUCUACCAGCUUGCACACUUGCAGCCGAAAGUGUAUGCCUGUCAGUGCUCCGCGCGCGUUCCCAUGCAAGAACGUUCGUGUAUAGAACGUAUCAACACGUUUUAUUUUAAGUCCAUGAAGUAUUCACCUUGUCGGUGUAGACGUCUUGAAUUGCGAGACCAAGCGAAUCAAUUAUUGUUUCAAUGUAAAUAGAUCACCCAUGUAUUUACUAUUAUACUAUACUCCGUCUCACGUUAGCAUGAACUAUUGUUAGCCGCGCAUGUUAAAAGCGCGUGCUAAUUGCUUUGGAUGAAGCCUCGGCAGCUACACAAGCGCUAGUGCAGCGAGUGUUCCAGUCAAGGCAGUCAAGCUAGCCGCUCGCGCUUGUACAGCCUUCGCAGUUAGUCCGUGCUAAUGUGAGACAAAGUAUAACGCCUUUUAUUAUGCUCGCCUCAUGUAUGCACGUCAUGAUGUAUUCCAUGUAUAGAAAUUCUCCAUGAAUUAAAACCUCUCCGUGGUAGAAUCCUGCAUUUCUUAAGACUUCACUUCUGGCUGAUAGAAAAUGUGCGUAAGUGGCGUCUGUAGCGACAAAUAAACAACAAAUAAACAUCGCCAUUUCUCAGUAAGGCCUCCCGUUCCUUGGUUCUGGAAGAUCCGCGCUAUUUGUGCGUAUACUCUGUUCGGAAAAUCCCAAUAACACGUAGUCAAUUUAAACUUGUAAGAUAAACAAACAAGAAAAAAAAAUGGAAAGGA